AUGCUUCGGCGACAAUCUCUCCUUAGAGGGCCCUAUCUCGAUCGCUCGUCGGUAACUCCACUCGCUACUGCGCUACGAAGCUAUGGCCCACCGCUAAGAGCUGGACGACCCGCUGAGGUGGGCCGAAGACGGUGGUUAGCAUCAAUAUCUCCUCUGACUUCGACUUUACCUUCAACAUUUGCGCAUCAAAGAGGUGCUUCAUUGUCCGAGAACAACUCCACGAGAAUCACUUUGUUGGAUAACCUCCUGCGAGCCAUACGAUGUCGAGAUGUUGGCUAUAUCAUCGAAGCAUUUCGCGACUGGGUAAUGUCAUUCAACGACGAAAAUCCCCAAGUCGUCAAUGCGGCUCUUCAGGAACUAGUUGAACUCCCUACUACGACCUUCUCUGCGAUUCUCAGAGCGCUGGAUCCUAUCGAAAACUCCGAGUUGGAUGUUGCGCACGGUAUCAAAAUCUCUCAAGGGGAAACGCAAUUUACCAAUGCCUGCCAUCUAAUCGACGCCUUCGGUGUGCGACAUCAACAUCGCUUCAUUCUUAAUGCCCUAAAGGCCCUCUUGGAAGCCCGCCGCGAAGCUGGUCGCACUCUUGUCAUAAAUGACUAUGAAGUCCUCAUCCGCUGCGCGGGUGCUGCAAGCGACAUAAACGAAGCUAUCUACUGGUUUGGCGCCAUUACACGCGAUGGCCUGCAACCAAAGCGCACCACAGCGACGUGGAACGUCUUUCUAAGGGCUCGCUACCAAAUUGACCCGGUGUAUUACCAAUAUGAUCGCCAACGAGUGACUCAGACAAGCCGUGACGCUUACAGAAUCUUUUUCGAAACAGAGCUGAAGAACGUUUGGCGGAUGGAAUCUUUACGACACAGUAGGAAUGCCCUUCUUAAACUACCUUUCAAUCGACAACCGGGCCGAUUAUGGGCGAGCAACUACUUAUGGAUGAGGCAGAAAACUGGUUACCAAAGCUAUUUUGCACAUUGGCGCCGCAGCAAGGAUAUCGGUGUGCUCCUAAAUGAGGAGAUGUUAUGCAAUGCUUUGAUUGGGUUCGCUCGAAGCGGUUCACUUGCACACAUACGAGGUAUAGUCCUGAAAAGAGGAUUUGGCAUUGGUCUGGUCGAGAACAAAGAAACAGGCAUAUUCCAAAUCGGUGGGAAUAAAACUUUUCGCGAGGGAAACCCAAGAGCCCCUACUGUACGUUUGCUCAAUGCGAUUGUCGAGGGGUUUGGGGGCAUGUCGCGUAUCCGUCUCGCAUUGGAUCUGCUCAUCCAUGUUUCGAAAGCAUACAACAUCCCGAUACCGCGUGAAACAUGGUCCAACCUCCAUAAUUGGGCCUACUCUUGCUCUACCAAACCGAAUCGACCCCAGCGGAAGCUCAUGAAAAAACCCCUCUCCGCAGUGGUGGAUCACAAACUGGUCACUGAGAUCUGGGACACCAUGACUUCAGAGCCCUACAACAUAGAACCCACGUUCGAAGACUACAUAGUUUACACCAAGAGCCUUAUCUUUCGGAAUAAGUUCAAUGCGGCAUUAGAUGUGAUCCGCGACCAUGCCGUACCACAUUAUCGCCGUUUAGCGGAGGAGCACCAGCAAAUCGUUUUUAAUGAAGUUCUCCAGGAAAUUUCAGGGGUCAGCUAUCAACGUGUAAGAGUUGAAACGCAAAAAGAUAAUGUCUGGUACCAAAUUCAGGACUGUCUUUCGAGGGUCUUCAAAGGUGCAUCGAUGUUUUCCCCACGGCGGAAAUCAAAAUUCCCUUAUACUGCCUUACCAAACCUUGUCGCAGAGUUUAGCGAAUUCUUCAGCGACCAGAUACGAUACCGUACCGCUCAAGGCUACGUAUUACUUGAGCGGUCUGUAGAAGUACCUCGCUUCACUUGGAGUCGGCAGAAACGUACGACAUUACCUCAACUCAAGGGCGGCCUGGAAAUUAAGAUGAUGGAGACACGCGGUGUGAUUGAGGAAGAGCCAACUUUUGAGGGACGCCAACAGAAGUGGCCCAGGACCCGAGAGAUGGUUAUAAAGGAAUGGAAGCGCAACCCAAUAGCCAGACCCCGCGCAGGUGGCCCUGCGCCCGAAUCGACAGAUGUGAACGCAAGAGAGUGGUGGAAGCGAGUAGAGGGGGAAUUAAUGUUAUAG